AUGGGGAGAUUCAAAGGCCGCAGCGCAGUUGCUUGUACUCCAUGUGGAAGAUGUGCAACUCGCAACCAGGAAUGCAUUUAUCCCGAUAAAAAGACCUACGUGACUGUCCCCGAGACCUACUUAAGGAAAUUGGAGAGCGCAGUUGCCAGCUCUCACACAUCUCCGUCUCUUGCCACUGGUUAUAACAAUGCAAGAUCUGAGUACUCGGCCAGCUCCCAAAGUCCUCAGGAUCCAGGCCCCGAGUCUGAGAACAGGGUAGCGGCCAGGGCUGCCAUACUGGACGAUGGCAGUAACGAACGUUUCGUGCAUGACCUCAGGCAGUUGACCAUACCAGAGAGCCCGGGCAGACUACGAGAAUCGAGCGGAUACACAUAUGUGGCCCUGAAGUUUGACUUUCUAGAACUUGAGCCUGAUGAUAAUUAG